AUGGAGGGGACUCCUAAAACUGAUUCGGCUGAUCACCCAUCUGUUGUUGCUGCUCAAGUUCCCUUCCUCCAACUGUGUAAUACUUUAGAAAAAAUUCAGAAAUCGAAACUCCGUCCAGAAAAGUCCAAGACCCUUAGGGAUUUUAUUGAAGCAUGGAGAGCGUUUCAUCGUGCCCUGCAUAAAGAUGACCCCAAAACAACAGACUCCUUCUACCCAGCAAUGCGUCUCAUUGUUCCUUCAUUCGAACGAGCGCGAAUGGCCUAUGGCAUAAAAGAAAGCAUGCUUGCUAAACUUUACAUUGAUGUUUUAUGCCUCCCAAAAAAUGGACCAGAAGCAAAGAAACUUUUGAACUACCGCACGCCAACAACGUCUCAAGGAGAGUCUGGAGACUUUGCCGGCAUGGCAUACUUUGUGCUUCAGAAACGCUGCAACAGUCAGGGAAAGCUCACCAUUAAAGAAGUCAAUGACUUUCUUGAUUCAGUUGCUAUCAACAAUGCCAGCAAGAAGAAAGACCUUGUCAAAACGAGUCUGCUGCACCUCAUCACACAGAGCUCUGCUCUUGAGCAAAAAUGGCUCAUUAGAAUGAUUCUAAAAGACAUGAAGCUUGGCAUCAGCAAGGAAACUGUCCUUCAAGUCUUUCACCCGGAUGCUGCUGAACUCUACAAUGUGACUACAGACCUGGGCAAAGUGUGCCAACAGCUCCAUAGCCCCUCUGUGUCUAUGAGUGAAGUUUCCAUUGGACUUUUCUCUGCCUUCAAGCCCAUGUUGGCUGCAGUAUGUAACAUCCGCAAUGUGGAGAAGCAGAUGGGAAACAGCCCUUUUUACAUUCAGACCAAACUAGAUGGGGAACGUAUACAAUUGCAUAAAGAUGGCGACGUGUACAAGUACUUUAGUCGAAAUGCCUUUGACUACACACAGCAAUUUGGUGGAUCCCCAUUGGAGGGUUCACUAACACCACACAUCCAUAACGUAUUUCAAAACCAUAUUGUCAAUUGCAUUCUCGAUGGGGAGAUGAUGGCUUUCAACCCAACCACAAAAACAUUCAUGCAAAAAGGGAGCAAAUUUGACAUCAAGAGACUAAUGGAAGAUUCAGAGUUGCAGACUUGCUUCUGUGUCUUUGAUGUGUUACUAGUCAAUUCCCAGAAGCUUGGCAGGGAAACGCUGAAGAAGCGGUAUGAGAUCCUGCAGACAGUUUUUACUCCGGUUGAUGGCAGGAUUCACUUGGUGCCGAAAAGAGAGGCUCAAACCAUGCAGGACGUGGUGAAUUCCCUCAAUGAUGCCAUUGACAAUCGUGAAGAGGGCAUCAUGGUGAAAGAUCCUCUAUCCAUCUACAAACCAGACAAGCGAGGGGAAGGCUGGCUUAAAAUAAAACCAGAAUAUGUGGACGGGUUGAUGGAUGAGCUCGAUGUUCUGAUUGUUGGCGGAUACUGGGGUAAAGGGAAGCGGGGUGGCAUGAUGUCCCAUUUUCUAUGUGCUGUUGCAGAAGCUCCAAAGCCUGGUGAGAAACCCUCAGUCUUCCAUACGCUCUGCCGCAUUGGUUCCGGUUACACCAUGAAGGAGCUGUAUGACCUUGGCUUGAAGCUCGCCAAGCACUGGAAAGUUUACCGGAAAAACGACCCACCAUCCAACAUCCUUUGCACAGUCGAGAAGCCUGAGGUCUACAUCGAGCCCUGCAACUCCGUCAUCCUUCAGGUGAAGGCAGCUGAGAUAGUAGGUAGCGACAUGUAUAAGACCAACUGCACCCUGCGCUUCCCAAGAAUUGAAAAGAUCCGUGAUGACAAGGAGUGGCACCAGUGCAUUACCCUAGCAGAGCUGGAGCACUUCCGCAGCAAGGCGUCAGGGAAACUUGCAUCACGCCAUGUUCGCAUUGACACCACCAAUGAGCCACAAAGAAAAAAGCAAAAGCUGCCUGCCAAAACCAAGAAGAUGGUCAUUGACCACUUCAAGCCACAGGAUCUUUCUGGGGUUGCCAGAGAGACAGACAUGUUUGAUGAUGUGGAGUUUUGCAUCCUGAAUGGAACGGAGGAUCACACAAAGGCUGAGUUGGAGAAAGGCGUGGCCAAGUGUGGCGGUAUUGUUGUUCAGAAUCCAGGGCGAGAUACUUACUGCGUCAUAGCAGGAUUGGAGAACAUGCGAGUGAAGAACCUGAUUUUGUCCAACCAGCACGAUGUGGUGUGGGCAUCCUGGCUGCUGGAGUGUCUGGAGCAGAAACAGGUGGUUCCAUGGCAACCACGCCACAUGAUCCACAUGUGCCCCUCAACUAAGGAACACUUCGCUAAGGAGUAUGACAGCUACGGUGAUAGCUACUUCAUGGACACUGAUGAACAGCAGCUCCGGGAGGUGUUUGAGCGCAUGGGAAAUGUGGACAGCUCAGUAGCCAUCAACGUCUGCCAAGUUGAAGAGCGAUACGGCCUGGAAGACCUUCCAUCCAGCAUGUUCAGACCUUUUACAGUUUAUAUGGAUGACUAUGUGGACAUCGAUGACCCGAAAACUGCCAUUACCGCAAGUUGUUUGGAUAUCAGGGCGCUGGAGUUUCGUUACCAUGGAGGUGCAGUCGUGCAGAAGUUGGAGGAAGGUGUGUCACACGUUGUUAUUCAGGAAGAAACGAGACUUUCAGAUUUGAGGAGAUUGAGGCGCAGUUUUCAAAAGAAGUUCAAAAUCGUCAGAGACACAUGGGUGACUGAUUCGAUCGAAGCAGGGCGUCUAAUGAAUGAUGACAACUAUUUAGUUUGA